AACACAUCAAGAUGAGUAGUCGGAAGGAGUACAAUCUGCAGAAGGGCCUGCAAGCCAAGCAACUCAACGACGACGUGGCCAAGCCGCUGUCGCCCCGGUCGAGCGCAACCAGAUCCACGAACAAUGCCAAAGAGGUCGCGAGAAUCCGAGAAACGUGCCCACCAGGGACGUCGGAUGAACGCAUCGCGCUGAUUCUUCAGCAAACCAAGGGCGAUGCCGGCAAAGUACAGCUGGCUGUCAGCGAAUUGUGGGAAAACCACGGCGCGGUCCAGGACGAAUGGGCCACGGUGAGCAAGAAGCAACCGAAAAAGAAGAACGACGACAAAACGUCGUGGACGACACCCACACAGCAGCACAAGAACACCUACCAACAUGGAGGUGACAAUUCAACGCUUCAGACAGGCGGUCGAGGCCGUGGUAACACUCGCGGCCCAGCCUCCGGUGGCCGAGGCACAACACGAGAUGGUACAACUCGCGACGCAUCGCGCGGUGGCCGCGGUGGUGGUCGUGGUACAGGCCGCGGGCAAGACAAUUGGGUUCGACAGGAAGAACACGCUGCCGGGGAUACCACUGACCAAACUGCAGACGAACGCGACAACACUCCCGCCUCGGGCACACAUAAAACCGAAACGAAACAGACCAAGCAACCGGCGACGCCAAAACACGACACGAGUGCACCAGUAGCACCGGCGCCUGUCCUUCAUGGUGCAUGGGCAAAGAAGCCAAACAUCCUGAACCAGGCGAAACCCGCGAGCCCCAAGAAAGCCGCAGCCCCUCCCACGCAGACACAACCACCCGCAACGCAAGUGGCCAUGCCGCAGUCGCCGAAGAAGCAGGCAACCACUCCCCAAUGGGACGUCUCCAAAGACACAAAGCUCGAAGAUACGACCCCACCUGCGUCCACGCCCUCGACCACAGCAUGGCCUGCCGCCACAAAUGCGGCUUCCUCUACCGAAGCACAGAAAUGGCCGCGAUCGCCAAACCAGAAAAAGGACGACAAGCCUGAACCGACGACGCGGGUGGAACCUGCCGACACGAUUGCGUCCUGGGGUGCCUCUCUCGAGUCUUCAAAAGCCCAAACACCUGCGGCUUCUUCGUCGUCGGACUGGGACACCGCAGCCCCUGCUUGGACCCGAUCGAGUCCGAUUCUGACGCCGUCCUUUCAGCAUCCUGCAUCAUCUCCGAAGGCGGCCGUGUUUUCUCCCAAGGCGACCAAGUCCCCAAAGAGCCCUACGCAGACUAAAGGGCACGACAGGUCGUUCCCAUCCAGCCCCACCAAUGCUGCUCCCGCGACCGAAGUGCGCCAGAAUAAAUUCAGCAUGGGCCGAUGGGGUGAUGUCGCGGCCCCGGAGCUGUCCCUUCAAUUCGGCAGCUUCUCCAUGGAUAUUGACAACACGACGACUGCUUCAGCCAACUGGGCCAACACGGCCACGACCCCUGCGACUGCCAGCUGGUCGCCCAAGAAAUCCCAUGAACAAGCCGCGCCUGCCGUAAAGUCGCCGCGCGCCACGUCGUCGGCGCCCCCCGGCUUGACAGAAAGCCCCAAGCAUGCCGCGUCACCGCGAAAGUUUCAAAACCCGGCCCCGAACGCACCGUCCCCGGCGGCCCUUCCCAAGCCGGAAGAAGUGUCGAAGCGCCAGCAAGGCCCAGCCUCGUCGCGCGCCGCCCAACAAACUCCAUACAACGCUCCGUCUGCAGGAACCCCGGCAGGUCAAUCCAAGUUGAACCAUCCCACGUCUUCGGCUGCGUUCACCAGCAGCCCCUUGUACCAGAAUCACCCGAGCACGUACAACCAAUAUUCGGUGGGCAUGUCUGGCCGAUCCCAGCAACCUUCUGCAGCGACUUCCACCGCCCAGCCGACCACCCCGUCGUCAGCUGCUAGCGGACACGUCCAAGGCGCCAUUGGCAAGCAAACGAAUGCAAACCGCAACCAAACCCAGUCGAACGCAGGAGGCAUCAACCAGGGCAACGCGCCAUCGACCAACGCGGGCGCGGGCUCGUCCAACCCUCAAACGUCGGGUCCAGCGCCGAACGUCAACCCGAACCAAGGAGCCCACCAGCAGCAGCCCCAUCUGGCGCCAUACCAGCAGCUGCCUCAUGCGUACCACCCGCAGUACGCCCCGCCGCCGCCCCCCGGCAUGGCAAUGCCCUACAACCCGUACAACUACAACCCGCAGUACUACCCCCAACAGGGCUACCCCCACGGCUAUUACCAAAACCACCAGUACCCUCAAUACAGCCCCCGUCAAUUCCCCCCUCGUGGCAACAUUCCGUACGGCAUGGACGGCGCCCCUGGCUUUUCCAAUCCCCCCAAUGUCCCGCUGGGCUACCAAGAUCCUUCCCACCUCGGCCAUCCCAAUGACUACGGCCCUGGCUUUGGCGACUUGGGCUAUGGCCAACUGCACCCGCAAGUGCCCCCCCAUCAUCUUCAGCAAGGGGGUGGCAAACCCCAAGCGCCUCUGAGCAAUGGACGCCCCAUCGACCCGACGUAUACCGUGGGCCCUUCUCGCGAACACACUGCGUCGCCCCCUGUCCCGGGCAAUCCCAACCCUGCCGUGUAUGGCCAACAACAGCACUACAGCAACUGGGCGGGAUCGUACAACCAACCCCCGCAACAGCAACAGCCACUUGGUGGGUGGGGCGGCCAUCAGCAGCAGCAGCAGCCUCCUCCCCACCACCACCAGCAGCAAGGGUACCCCCAGCACCAGCAGUCGUACCGCCCGUACAACAAUGGCGGCGCCAACGACGCAGGAAAUCAGGGCGGUUGGAGCUCAUGAGGACGAGGUUAGGUAGCAGCGAGUGUACAGGUCAUAUUCGAAUGAAAGUCAGUCAAGAGUCGUCGCUGUUACGUCAGCAUCGACGCUUCGAGUUGCUGGCUCAAAAUCUUCCAAGGAAAGUCGCCCGCUUCGUCGGCCACUUGAAUCUCUGGCGGGUCUGUCGUCGUUGGAGCAGACUCGACGGGUGCGGUGGCCAUCGGUUCCGUCG